AACCAAAAUGAAGAAGCAGUGGCUCACUUCUCUCCUCUGUCAAAUAGACGAUCUUUGAUGUGACGUCAACACCGGAUAAAUAUGGCGAACAUUCGGUGUGUCAAGGGUAUGGUAGGCCUGGUGACGGGCGGGGCAUCUGGUUUGGGCCGGGCCACCGUGGAGCGGCUGGUGCAAAGCGGAGCGUCUGCUGUGAUCCUGGACUUGCCGUCCUCGGAGGGACAGGCUCUGGCCGCCAGCCUGGGAGACCGUUGCGCCUUUGCUCCUGCAGACGUGACAUCACAGGCAGACGUCCAGUCAGCCGUGUCCCUGGCCAGAGAGAAGUUUGGGAAGUUGGACCUGGCGGUUAAUUGUGCCGGCAUCGCUGUGGCUGUUAAAACCUAUAAUUUUAAGAAGGACACCCCUCACAGCCUGGAGGACUUUCAGCGUGUUAUCAAUGUGAACAUCGCAGGAACCUUUAAUGUGAUUCGCCUUGCUGUGGGUGAGAUGGGAAAGAAUGAGCCCGAUGCAGACGGACACAGAGGCUGCAUCAUUAACACUGCCAGUGUGGCAGCAUUUGAUGGGCAGGUUGGCCAGGCUGCAUAUUCAGCUUCUAAAGGUGGCAUUGUUGGAAUGACCCUCCCCAUUGCAAGAGAUCUGGCACCAAUGGGCAUUAGGGUCAUCACCAUAGCACCAGGUCUUUUUGCUACUCCUCUCCUCGCUAGUCUUCCAGAGAAGGUCCGCUCAUUUCUUGCUCGCCAGGUGCCCUUCCCCUCACGCCUGGGAGACCCCGCUGAGUUUGCCCACCUGGUGACGUCACUGGCUGAGAACCCCAUGAUCAAUGGAGAAAUCAUUAGACUGGACGGAGCCAUUCGCAUGCAGCCAUGAGACAGAUUGUGUGUGUUUGUUGUAGAAAGCUGCAUAUAGGAAAUACAAACUGUUCUGGAUCCCAACUACCAUUGUCCAUGUUUGUGAGACUGUGAAAGUGUGUAAAAAUGAGACUGUACAUCAUUCAGAGCAUUACAAUACUGUUCACCUUGUUUUAUAAACUAACCUGGAUUAUAGUAAACCUCAGACAAGUUUGAUUA